AAUGUAGAACUUGGCAACCGUGCACAUAGUCAAUGGCGGCCAUGAAUGUGUGACAAAUGACAAUUUCGUGUGAAAUAAACAAAUUUUCUCAAUGGAUGAUUCGUUUUUUGGAUUCGAUACAUCUGUGCCGUUCGAAGAUGACGGGGCUGGUGGGCAAAUCGCUGAACCUUCGGAAGAAGAGUAUGAUGCACUUAACGAUGAAACUUUCGGUUCGGCCACUAAUGGCGACUGGGAAGAGGCUCAUGAAAACAUGGUGCGUCUUACAGACUGCUUCCUUUCUGACAGUGGGUGCCGCGAUUCUUUAGAUGGUGUUAGACCAAAAGGUGGAAAAGCUAUACAUUCUUCGCAAGCGUCAUCUUCCAAAGCGAACCCCUUGCGAGUACGAACUGUGGAAAAGUAUGCGGACUCAGAUUUGGAGUUAAAUUUGUCGGGAAUGAGAUUAGAUGAUGUAGACUUAAGAUUCGACGAUAAUGAAAGUGUAGGUGGAGCCUCUGGCCUAAGUUUAGAUCCUAGCGUCUGGGCUUCAAUUCCUUUUAAGGCUUCUACCGCACAUCAAUCAAAUAUUCUUGGGGAUAUGAAUACACAAACACCAAUUCUUCAAGGUGGAGAUGCACGUGGAGUUAAUGGAUCAAAUGACAUUAGGCAUUUUCAACGAGCACAGAUUGCAAACCAAAAUCCGCAACAGACGUUUGACCACCGAAAUCCAAAUUCUGAUUUUCAAAAGGUUCAUGGGGAAAUGGCAGUUGGAGGUAUUUGUGGGGUAUACGGUCUUCCUCCAACUCCUAAAUUUUGCACAUUGGAGGAUAUAGAAAGGAAUAUAAUUAAUGAACAAACUAUGCGCAAACAUCAAGAGCAACAUCCAGAGUCUAAAGAUUUUCAGCAACAGCAAAACCAGAAUCGACAGACUCAACAAUAUAUCAGUGAUGUUCUGAAGCAGGCGACAAAGACACCUCCACCGCAUCAUAUACAGCAACAGCAAGCAGGUCAACAUCAACAAAACUUACACAAACCACAACUUACACAUUUGAAAGGUCCUCCUGGUUUUCCCAACAAUCAAGGACAUCCACCUAGACCGAGUAGCAAUUUUACAAAUAAUCUAGCACAGCACCCAUUGGGUAAUUUAUUGCAGCAACAACAAGCAGGCGGCGUGGCUGGAAGUCGUCUCCCUCCAGGCUUUCCCUUAUACUCAACCGGUCCAGGCCCGCAUUUGCAACAGCAAAAUAAUCACCAACUUCCUCCACAUCCCUUACUAAACCAACACGGACUGCCGCCAAAUUUUCAGCAAUUGCACCAGCGCCCACUGCCAGGCCCUCAUCUCCCGAUCGCUUUGAAUAAUUUUGCUAUGCAUCCCAAUUUUAAUGCUAUGCGGGCGGCUGCGGCAGUUGGGGGUAUUUAUCCAGCUGGUUUGGUACAACCUCAACAACAACAGACUCGUAUCGCUCCUCAUCCAACCAGUCCAGCAGUCUUACUAAAUGCACAACAAUCCAACUCAAUGUAUAAUAUGUUUAAUAUGCGUUUGGUUCAAGAAAUUCAACAAAAUCAUCCCCUUUUGCAAAAUGCUGCACGUCAAGCACAACAAAUGCAGCAAACAAUUGGAAUGAAUACUUAUCAAAGUCUUGCUCAGCAACGGGCCAACAAUAUUGGAGGUAAAAACCCUUCCCAUCAGCGUCGAGAAGGAGGGCCUGCAACUGGCAAUUUACCCCAUGAAGAGUUUGAUGAAUAUGCCAAUCUGAUGAGUACACGAGACAAACAUUGGUUAAUCGGUAUUCAGUUGUCGCAGUUAAAUACAGAAACUCCUUAUAUUGACGACUUUUAUUAUAUGGUAUAUCGUGAAAGAAAGGCGGCUCAAAAUGGCAACCUGCGUCACAGUCAGGCACAUAAAGACAACCAACUAAAUCAUCCGCUAACUCAGCCAAAAGGUCAUGCUCAACUUAUUUUAGUCCAACUUGGUAAUAAGAAUGGUACACGAAAUGGGCAGCUCCGCGAACGCCGUAACUCAGAAACGACCGGCGUUACUGGCAAUAAUAGUGGACAUAUUGGAAACAACCAGGAUCAAAAAAGCCCAUACGUGUUUACUCCACUAAAGUUUGAAAAUUCUUUGGGUAAACUGCAGUAUGGAAGUGUGACGGCACCGCGCAAAAUAAUUGAUGCUGAAAUUAUGGGCAAGGAAGCGGCUGCCAAUGGGGCUGGAGAUGGCAUAAGAAAUGUUGCAAGUUCCAGUGGUAUCAGCUCUGCCCAUCUGAAAUCCAAUACUUUAUCAGUAACCUCUUCAACAGGCAUUAUAAGCGAUAUUGCAUCAUCUGCUCAACGUAAAUCGCGACAUAUUCUGCUACAUAUUGAGACACUUUAUCGUAUUGUUUUAAAAUUGGAGGAUUUAAAUAAUCCCACUGCAAUUGCCACUAUUAUAAUGAAAAAGAAAAAAGAGAGCGAGCGCAUUGCGGCUUUAGAGCAACUAGAAAAUGCGAAUAAAACUCAAGAAGAACGAGUGGCGGAUUUAUCUAACACAUCUACAGUGAAUCCAGCGCUAAAAAACAAAUUCGCAUAUGAAAUUGAAAAGAAAGAAAUACUCGUGUCGAAACUGAUAGCUGGUCUUUCUCAUGAAGAAGUACCGGCAAUCAUGAAUGUUCGUAAGGGAAAGACACUCAUACGACGCAUUAUGCCAUAUAUGGAAGAUCACGAAAUCCGCUGGAAUAUUUGGAUGGGGGUUUUCGCUUCAUUGCAAAAUGUUGUUAAAAAAGAUAGGGAAGAUGUUGACGGUGUUUUAUAUGCACUUUAUCCGGAGUUCAAGAAGCAAGUCCGUGAAGCUGACUUCGAGGCAAUUGUGAAAAUUUCAUCCUCUAUACCCCUUACCGAAAGGAAGUCUAACGGAAUAUUCUGUAGUAAGUUUGGAAUAUCAUCGCUUGUUUGCUUAGUGUUACAGGCUGAGCAUAUAUACAUGUCUGACAAUGAUUCUACACAUACCGACGCCAACAAGGAAAAAUGGCGGCACUUCUUAGAUCAAGUUUCAACAUCAUUAAAUCGAACUAUACAAAACCAGGCAAUUUGCGCUGAAAUUGAGUCAGAUUCAAUACAACCAAUGAUGGACCAUUUUGCGCGUUUUAAAGAUUUAAAACUGGACUCUCUAUUGGCACUUAUAACUGAAGCAAAACAGCAAAUUAACUAAAUCAAAAUGACGAACAUGUUAAUAGAAAAUCUUAAACGUGUACAAGAUUGGAUGAGUUUGCAAAACCUAAAGUAAAACUAAAUAACUUAGUUGCAUGAAAACUGUAACUCUGCAAAAGAUGUUAAAAAUGAUUUAUUGGUAUACAAUACAUUAUUAACAUUUGGGAGGUUAUGAUGACCCGUUAUACAUACAUAUAUGACAUGCAUACUGUUGAAUGUAUAAUAUUGUUAAAAAAGAAAAAUUAAGCAGAGCAAAAGAUCGUGAAAAUCAGCAGCAAAAUAUUGUUGUCUUUAAGAUACGAUAUUUUUGGCUCAUGCAGCACAUAAUAAAUCUAGCUGUGUAGUUUUGGCAAAGUAGCUUAAGGUUGUAUAGGUCAAAGUUUUAUUUCAUUCUCAGGAAAUGCACUUUCGCUUAUCUAUCAAAAAAUUUUAAUAUAGGUAUCGAUGUUAUAUUUGCAUUAAAAAUUAUUAAAUUUUUUACGCCAUAAUUUUCAGAACUUAUGUAAGAAUGUACAACUACGUUUGUUUCGUAAUAAUAAAACUUUAUUCCAAUCUUCCUUGAAAAACUUAAAAUAUAGUUAUCUUCAGUCACCUUGGAAGUGGCAACUUUACCAAAACGACAUAGAUAGAUGAAAGAGUUCAACUAUUUAAAAUUUUAGCUGACGAUUUUAAGUUUCAAAAAGUAGUGACAACUGUAACUUGUCUUUUUUAUUCUAGAUUUUAUGUGUUUUUGUGGUUUUUCUUUAGUGUUUUGUAAAUAUUUAUAGAAGCAAAAACUUAGUAUUAGGGCCAAAAUUUAUUUAACAAAGAUCUGAAUAGCACUAUUGAGAAAAAAAUCUAUUAUAAAAAAAGUUUGUAUGAAUUUAAAGAUAAGACGAAGGCAUUCGAAAUAUGCAAUGAAAAUACUUUAUAAAACAGUCGUAACGUGUUUUAACCUUGGUAAAUUAUAGCCGAUUACUUGUAAUCGGUAUUUUCACACUUUCAUAUUAUAUACUACAUAUAUGCAUAUAUAUAAAAUAUUUAUAUGUAUAAAUUUAUAGAUAAAUGCUUAGUUUGGUGCUUCUUCGUUAAAAAUGGAUAUAAAAUAAUUAUAUAAAAUCAAUUAUGUAACUACAGAAUACUAAUGCAAUUGAACAUGAAAAUACUAAUUUUAUGUCAUUAGCUUUAAAUAUAUUCGUAUACUAUAUUGAUGGGCAUUCAGACUUUCUUACUCGUCAAAUGUCAUUUUUGUUGAUCCAUUUAAUCCCGCUCACACCUUAUUCAUGUUCGGAUUUUUUUAAAGAAUUGUAAAAAUAAAUAUUUUCCAGGAAUAAAACUUAAAAUGGUUAGCCUUA